GUUUAACGAAUCUAACACUGGUAAACAAGAUCCACCUGUGCGCCGAUUGAAUGUCUCUUUAAAAAGUUUAGCGACCGGAGUUGGCACUCCACUCAAUUGUGAUUUUUCUCGCCAUUGCUUUUAACCGAUCAAAAGAUCAGGAGUAUUUAGUACAUAAACUAUGGAUAAGGUUCAACAUCAAUCUCAUCCAUCGGUGGAGCCGAACCUGAGGCUGCGUUACUUGACACAGCUUGGAGACAGUAUUGAAAUUGAUGCAAACAUUCCAGCCAGAAGGUAUUUUCGAUCGGGCCUUGAAAUGGUCCGGAUGGCGAACUGCUACAGUGAAGAAGGAAACUUGGAGAGCGCUUUUAUUAUCUACAUGAAGUUUAUUGUCCUUUUCCUGGAGAAGAUUAGAAAUCAUCCAGAUUUGAGCUCUGUGAAACCGGUCGAUAGAGAAAUCAACAAGCAAAAAUUAAAGGAAGUCUUGCCAGUUGCUGAAAAAAUCAAAACGCAGUUACUUGUUCGAUUUACUGAAGAAUAUGAGCUGUAUAUGGCAAAGGUAGAAAAGAGAAGGAUUAUGGAGGAAAAGGCUAGAAGAGAAGAAAUGGCCAGAAAAGAAAAGGAGCUGUCUGAAAAACUGGCUGCGUUAGAAAUGAAGGAGGCAACAAAUUAUCAUAAGCAGCCACCCUAUGGCCCCAAAGAAAGCAAAUUAAUUGUUCCGAUCGCUCCUCUUCCAAGCGACAUUAACUACCCAAGCGAUCCAGACGCUCUGGAGGAUGACGAUGAAGAAAAAUAUGCAGCUGAGAGUUAUGACAAAAAUUUGGGUCCUAUGUAUCCUGUUCCAGACCGGUCACUUAAGCCUUCUAAACUGGACAUUCCAACUGGUUCAAUUCUAAAGCCCAAUGUAGACCGGUCAACAAAGCCGCUUUCACUUUUGAGCCCAUCCCUUCACAACCAGCUAGGCCUAAGAAAAGUCAUCAUUCCUUCGAAGCUAAUGCCAAAAUUCAUGAGUCUCGCGCAGAAGAACACAGACCAAAACACCGAAACAUGUGGUAUUCUUGCCGGAAGCAUGGUCAAAAAUCAACUCUACAUCACUCACUUACUUGUUCCAAAGCAAAAGGGCACGCCGGACUCAUGCACAACAAUGAGCGAAGAAGAAAUUUUCGACUUCCAAGACCGGCAAGAUUUGAUAACUUUUGGUUGGAUCCACACUCACCCAAGUCAGACAUCUUUUUUGUCCAGCGUGGAUUUGCACACCCACUGUUCUUAUCAAAGGAUGAUGCCUGAAGCGGUCGCUAUAGUCUGUGCCCCUCGUUACAAAGAAACUGGCAUUUACAUGCUGACCACCAAUUAUGGACUGGACUUCAUUGCGAACUGCAAGAGCACUGGGUUUCACCCCCACCCAUCAGAACCUCCCUUGUUCACCACUGCAGAGCAUGCGGUGUUUGAUGAUUACGCGCCCAUUGAAGUGGUUGACCUAAGACGAUGAUUUGAAACUUGAUGAGACAAAAGCACUCUAAUAGUAGGCACCGAGUUUGGUGAUGUGUAUGCUUUGGGCAAAUAGUGAAACGUUUUGACAAAAUGCAGUCCUUCUCACCUAGUUUGGUAUCAAUCAAAUCAACUAUUGGUUUAAAAACUUGAUAUUAUGAGCCUUCUUGCUUGUGAUGCUAAAGAGUUAUAUUACUGUAAAAACAUGUUGCUUAAUCUAUCUGUGCCCUGCACAGUCAACUAUAUUGUUGAAGCUAAUUUUCCGCAAAAUAAACAAUCUGAUUGCCAUCGCA